CAAUAAAGUGAACCCCGAAACCCCUCAAUCCCUUCUCUCUCUCUAAACCUUUUUCAAAAUGAAAGUCACGCAUUACUUCUUCUUUCCUUAACCUAUGAAACCACGUGCCAAAGUGUUACCAUUUCUCCUCUCUUUCUCUCUCUUCCACAAUCCACACUCUCAAUUUCAGUCACUUUUUGGUCUCCCUGUUUUCUCCAAAAUAUAAAAAAAAAGAAAUUAAUGCGACCACACCACCAAUCCCAACUCGGGCUUAGCUUAACCCGAUGAAACUCACCGAGUUCGAAUCGCCGACGAUAAUGGCGGCGAAACCUUCGUCAUCUUCUUCAACAACCUCAUCCUCUUCUCAACAUCAUCAUCUUCAUAAUCAUAAUCAUCGCUCAGUUCUCGCAAUCGAUCUCAAUGAAAUUCCUUCCCCUUCUGAAACCCUACUUUCUCCAAUUUCUUCAACCUUCAUUCUCUCUCCUACUUCGCUUGUUCGUUCCAUCCACGAUAACCCUAAUUUGCCGGAAGGUCCACCAGCGGAGAUCCCUGAUGAGGUUUCUCCAUGCGGAGGAUGCGCCGGAGCUUUGCCGCACUUGAUUUCGGACAGGUUGGUUUGCGACGGCUGUGAGCGAGGUUUUCAUUUUGAGUGCACUGGACUUUUGCCGGCUUCGUCGCUUUUGCGUGAGGACUGGGUGUGCAGGUGUUGCACUGCGGCUGGGGUUUCGAGUAAGCGUUGGCGCCUUGGGAGGAAGGAGGAUAGAGGUGUUAGGCUUCUUGAUAUGAAUGCUUCGCCGCCAAGUGACGGUGAUGGUGAAGCUUUGGCUGUAGUCGACGCCGCUGCUGCUGCCGCCGCUUCUUCUAGCGGUUAUGCAUCUGGUGGCGUGCGGUCAUAUCCCAACUUUGUCUAUUCAAGUACCGGAAUACGCUUUCCGAAGUCAUCUACAGUAGUAGCACAUACAGUGAGAUUGGAUUUUCAGGAUAUUUUACAUAACAAACGGUCUCCAGUUAGAAGCUUUGAGGACAUUAAAUUUUCAUCUCAGUUAGGAAGACUUAGGAGUAGUGACACAACAUUUAGAUUACCAUCUUGGAAUUCAAGUGAAGUUUUGCAGUCUCUUAGAGAAUUUAUUUCUGAAAGGCAUGGUGUUCUAGAUGAAGGUUGGCGUGUGGAAUUUAAACAAUCGAAGAAUGGUUGUGAGUCAUAUGCUGUUUAUUGCGCACCAGAUGGGAAGAUGUUUGAAACCAUGUCAGAUGUUGCUAAUUAUCUUGGUCUGACAUCUAAUGGGAAUCCUUUGGAGCUUGAAACAAGGAGUGAAUUUGGUUCUGCAUCACGGAGGAAUGGUUUGCAUCUAGCUAAAAGAAGGAAGUUGACGAAGAUGCCAGUAGGCAAUGGUUUCGUGGAGAACAAGGAUAAAUUGAUUAGUGGGUGUAAUAAUAUUUUCGUUUCAAAUCUGCAGAAAGUUCAGCUUAUGGGCAAGUGUGGAAAAAGUGUAGAAGGUACAGAAGCUGUACAAGAAGAAAAUGGUGUCGAUGACUUUCAUCACAUUCAUGAAGGGCUUCCUCUCCAGCAUGAAGAUUUUUUUGUUCUUUCCUUGGGAAAAAUUGAUGCAAGAAAAUCAUACCAUGAUGCCUGUCAGAUUUGGCCUGUGGGUUAUAGGUCAUGCUGGCAUGACAAAAUUACUGGGUCCCUCUUUCUUUGCCAUGUGUUAGAUGGUGGUGACACUGGUCCUAUCUUCAAGGUUAGAAGGUUUUCUUGCUCUGCGCUCCCCAUUCCUUAUGGGUCCACAGUUUUGCAGAGGAAACGUGGUAUCUGUUUGAAUGGUCCAAGUGAAAAAGUUGGAGAGCAAACAACUCCAUCGGAAGAAGAAUGCUGUAUUGAGAUGCUUCUUUCAGAACCUUGCUUACUUCCAGAAGAUUCUUUGUCAUGGCUUCUAAGUAGUCCAAAUGAGUUUGAUGGUCAGAAGGCAAUCCAUCCAUCCCUUGAAGUCCGUUCUACUUCUGAGAGGUCACAGGAUCUUUUAGCUCAGAAUAGUUUACCUACAGAGGAAAAGAUUGGUGAAUUUUCAGUCGACAGUCAUUCGUCAUCCUUACUCUGGAGCAUUUUAUCCCAUAAACUUACUGAUGCUUGCCGCCAAAUAUACAAGCAGAAGGGGUCUCUGAAGUUCUUCUGCAAGCAUGCAGAAGAUGGCAUAUCUUCCUUCUAUGAUAUCAUGACCUACAAGAACAAAGAUGCAUUUUCUUCAUUGGACAAAUUUUGCAGCUUGUUGGGCUCGUUGAAGGUCCCAUUGGUUGUAAAAACUGAUGAUGAACUUGAUUCAUCACUCGAAGCUCUAAAGAAUUGGUUGAGCUCAGAUCGGUUUGGGUUGGAUGCAGGAUUUGUCCAAGAACUUAUUGAACAAUCUCCUGAUGUCCAUCGAUGUUCAUAUUAUGAAUCUUUGAGUAGCAGAAAUGAUUAUAUGACCACACCAUUGGUUCGAAACGGGCUGUUACUCAUCAAUGGAAAGAGCAUGGAGGAAUGCAAGCAAGAUUCUAUAUUAAAUGGUUUGUACAAAAAGUACAGGACAACUGAGGAUCCUGGUGGCAGUCAUCAUAGUCGCCCCCCUGGGAAGCAAUUGGGUGCUAAGCUUCCACCUCAGGUUGUUGGAGAUGCGCUUCAGGUGUGGGAGUUACUGCGCCGUUUCCAUGAAAUCUUGGGCUUGGAACCUCUUAAUUUUGAUGAACUUGAGGCAGAACUCAUUAGCCCUUGGUUUGAGAGCUUGUCGCAGCAUGGAUCUCGUGAAAGAGACUCUCCAGGUGGUCAGGCUGUAUCUGCUGAUGGAUCUAGUAUUCUGAGUGAGCACACUUCACCAUCUAGUAGUGAAAUUGCUCGUCCUGAAGGGAAUACAUUUAUAGAGAUGCAAUCUGCUGCUAUGAAGGAAGAGGCUCAUGCCAGUAUAGCAUCUUCUACUUACACUAAAUGUACUGGCACUUCAUUGAGGAGGGCCCACAUUUCAUUGCUUGAUGUGCUUGUGAGUGAGUUGCAGAUAAAGGUUGCGGCAUUAGUGGAUCCAAGCAUAGAUGCAGAGUCCAAGUCAAGACGGGGUAGGAGGAGAGAUGUUGACAGCUCAAUUCUUGCUAUCAGACCAAAGCUUAAUCUGCUGCCUAUUAAUGAAUUGACUUGGCCAGAAUUAGCUCGGAGAUACAUUUUAGCUGUUCUGUCAAUGGAUGGGAAUCCUGAUUCUGCAGAAAAUGUUAUUCGUGAAUGUGGAAAAGUUUUCCGUUGCUUACAGGGAGACGGGGGGGUUCUUUGUGGUUCCCUAGUUGGGGUGGCAGGAAUUGAAGCUGAUGCACUGUUGCUUGCAGAAGCCAGGAAACGGAUUUAUGGAUGUUUAAGCAGUGAUAAUGACCAGCUGAUCAUAGAGGAAGAUGAUCCUGAACCAGUUGGUACUUCUGAAAGGAUGUGUAGUGGUGAUGGAAACAUUCCAGAGUGGGCUCAGGCCCUAGAACCUGUGAGGAAAUUGCCUACCAAUGUAGGAACAAGAAUCAGAAAGUGUGUUUAUGAGGCUUUGGACAAGGAUCCCCCAGAUUGGGCACGAAAGACCCUGGAGCACUCAAUCAGCAAGGAAGUUUACAAGGGCAAUGCUUCUGGACCAACUAAGAAAGCUGUCCUCUCAGUGCUGGCAGAUGUUCUCAGUGAAGGAUUACAACAGAAAAUUCGUAAGGAUAGGAAAAAGAAGACUAUUGUUUCUAUAUCUGACACUGUUAUGAGAAAAUGCCGUAUUCUUCUACGCCGUGCUGCUUCUGCUGAUGAAGAAAAAAUGUUUUGUAAUUUGGUUGGAAGAAAUUUGAUCCAUUCUUCCGAAAAUGACGAUGAGGGAAUGCUUGGAUCCCCUGGAUUGGUGUCUCGCCCGCUAGACUUUAGGACAAUUGACUUGAGGUUGGCUUUUGGGGCCUAUAGUGGAUCACAUGAAGCCUUCCUGGAAGAUGUUCGGGAGUUGUGGAAAAAUAUACGCAUUGCUCAUGUGGAGCAGACGGAGUUGGUUCAAUUGGCGGAAACAUUAUCUGAGAAUUUUGAGUCGCUUUAUGAGGAAGAGGUUGUUUCUCUUGUUGGCAAACUGAAAGAGUAUUCGGAAGUGGAACAGAUAAGUGCUGACGCAAAAAAAGAGAUUGAAGAUGUUCUUGCCGCCACAAGUGACAUUCCAAAAGCUCCAUGGGAUGAGGGUGUCUGCAAAGUCUGCGGCAUUGAUAAAGAUGAUGAUAGUGUUCUCCUGUGUGAUUCCUGUGAUGCCGAGUAUCAUACUUACUGCUUGAAUCCUCCUCUUGCUAGAAUUCCUGAAGGAAACUGGUAUUGUCCCUCGUGUGUUUCUGGGGUAAGUAUGUUGGACAACAGCUAUAAAGGUGCCCAAUUUAUUGGCCAACGACAUCGAAGAAAGAAUCAUGGGGAGGGGAUUCGUAAUUAUUUAGAGGAGCUUGCUCGAUUAGCUGGUGUAAUGGAACUGACAGAGUACUGGGACUUCAGUGUGGAUGAGAGAAUUUUGCUGCUUAAAUUUAUGUGCGAUGAGGUGCUUAAUUCAAUUCUUAUCCGUCAACAUCUAGAGCAAUGCUUCGAUACCUCAGCUGAUCUGCAGCAAAAGCUGCGGAUGCUACAUUCUGAGUUGAAAAAUCUCAAGGUACGAGAAGAUAUACUGGCUACAAAGCUGGGCUCAAAUUUUCCAAUUGUGGCUGGAGAUGCUAGUACUGAGGGCAAUAUUGGUGUAGUGGCUAACCAUAGCAUUUGCACAAAGCUUCAGCAUGUUGCAAAUGAAAGAAGUGACCGCAUUACUUCUGUCUCUGAUAUUGCUCCUCAAGCAAAAGGGGAUCUAGGUGCUCUGCCUACGGAUAAUCAUAGCAGAUCUUUAAAUGUAAAAUACUUCGAGAAGAUCAUUUCUAAUGACUGCCAAGUUAAGCGGCCUGUAGAUUCUGAGUCUGUGGUGAGAGAUCUUGUGGAAGCCACUAAUGAAGAUACCGCCUCUCUUGAAAAUCAAGACCUUCAUGAGCGGUCAUCUAAACGUCACAAAAGUUCGCCAUUAGAGGAUUGCUCUGUUUCGAAUGCUUUACUUCCUGAAACUAAUGGAAUGGACUGCGAAUCUUCUUGCCAAGGAGCAAUGCUUGAGCACAGCGUGCCAGAUGUCUCUGCGGUAGAAGAUUUGCAAGGAGUUACUGUUUCCUCAUGUCUUUUAAACACUGGGGCAGCUGAAACUGUUUCUUGCUCAACUUCAAAUGAGUUGCAAAGUUCCAAUCUGGAGCUAAAUGCUGUGCAGAAGGAGCUGUGCGUCCUUCAACAGUCCAUUGCAAAUGCAGAGUCACAGCUUAUGAAGUCUUCUGUGCGCAUGGAGUUCCUGGGUAGUGAUUCUUCUGGUCGAUUGUAUUGGGCCUCAGCCCAGCCUGGUGCACAUCCUUGGGUGAUUGUGGAUAGUACUAUGGCCUUGAAAGCUACAACAAAGCACCUGGGUCAGACAAAAAUGGGGAGUGGGAGUGUAUAUUUUGGAAGUCUUGCUCCUUGUACAACUGAUAAUCAUAUGAGCUUGGAGGGUUCAAGUGCUACUUGUCCAUUUGUUUAUGAACGUGAUAGUUCCUGUACGACUUGCUCGCAAUGGGUCUAUUAUCAAUCUGAGGACGAAAUCAAAGAAUUAAUCAAGUCAUUUAAACCAAACAACCCAAAAGAACGAGAAUUAAAAGAUUCUAUCUUGAAUUGGCAAAAGCUGAGAUGUCAUGAGUUGCAUCAAACUGGGAGACAAGAUAAGAUCUCACUUUCAGUAUCAAUAUCUGCAGAAGAGAAUGAUAUGCCAGGUGGUCUUCUUGUGACAAGAGCAGACACUCUGCUUGAAAGUAAAUAUGGACCUUUCUGUCAGGCAGAUAAGAUGGAAGAUGUAAAGAAACGAUUGAGGCGGUCAAGAGGGUCCAGUGAUGAAAAAUUGUAUAGAUGUAAAUGUCUUGAACCCAUAUGGCUCUCCAGACAUCAUUGUCUCUCUUGCCAUAGAACCUUUUACUUUGCGGAGGAACUUGACAAUCAUAACAGUGGCGAGUGCAUAUCAAGCUCAACAGUUCCUGGGAAGAGAAAAGAGAAUGAUGAACCUGUUGGAGGCAGGAAUAUGAGAAAAUCUGAAGCUCAACAGCAUUCUGCCAUGGCGACGGAUAAAGUUCAAGCAUCUAAAGUCGAUUCUGAUCUCUCAAGAUACAUUAAAUUUCAAAAUGAUGGUUUGAUAUGUCCUCACAGGUUGGAAGAAAUAAGCUCCAAGUUUAUCACAAAUGACUCUAUCAAAGAGCUGGUGCGUGGGAUAGGAUUAAUUGGAUCAGAAGGCAUGCCGUCUCUUGUUUCAUCUGUGUCUCCAUUUUUGAAUGAUCCAGCAUUGCAGAUUGUGGUACCUAAACAGGAUAUUGGUGUGGAUUUUGAUCAAUGCAAGAUUUCUGAUCAGGCAGUUGGAUGGAGUGCUCAGAUUACAGGUAAAAGCUGCAUUGGUAAUGUGAUUGAUCCUGGUAGUCAGAGGUUUCCAGCAAACAGACACGAUGAGAUUUUAGAAACUGGCUCAUCAUUACCAGUGAGACCAUAUGAAAGAUCAAAUAAAUUUCUUGCCAGUAAUACUUCACCAUCCACCAUGGCAGUUCCCUACUGUACAGUGCCAGAGUCUUCUUUGAAGCCAGUGACUGGAAGAGAUGCUCAGAUUCUGAGACAACUUAAAAUUUGCUUACUUGAUAUGGAAGCUGCGUUGCCUGAAGAAGCACAUAGGCCAUCAAAGGCUUAUCCAGAUAAAAGAAGAGCCUGGCAUGCUUUUGUAAAGGCAGCAGGAACCAUAUUUGAGAUGGUUCAGGCAACGAUUAUUCUUGAGGACAUGAUUAAGUCAGAGUACUUGAAAACUGAGCGAUGGUAUUGGUCAUCGCUAUCUGCAGCUGCAAGAACCUCUACAUUGUCUUCACUUGCUCUGCGUAUAUAUGCCUUGGACAACGCCAUUUUAUAUGAGAGAACUAUAUCUGAUCUAGUCCAGGUUGGCAGUUUGAAGCCCAGUUCAGAUGUAGAUCAGCAAUCACUGUCUAAUUUGGAUUCGUCCGAGAAAUCCAAGCAGGGCAGGAGAACUAGUAAGAGGAAAAAGGAUGCUGAUGGUUGACAGGCUCGCGAUGUCUAUGCUUGGUGCAAUAUUUCUAGAGAAAUUGGAUCUUUGUUGAAUUGUGGCAGCAAUUUUGUUGUGUAAAUGAUCGUCUUCCCUUGACCAUGUUUUGCUUUUGGUCAGAAGGAUCACAUCAUGAGCUAAACACUAAGAUAUGGUGCCCUAAGGCAUCUGUGUUUGCUCCCUACUCGCUGAAGUUCUUCGGGGAUUACAGGCUGACAUACUAACUUGCAUACUAGGGGAAAGAACAAAGUUCUGCAGUGGAAGGUGAAGUGUCCAGUUUUCGACUAAUCUGCUGCAGGAUCUUGGCUGUAGUUUCUUCGGAGGGAACAGGCUACUCUUACCCCUAGAUAUUUUGUCACUGAGCGAUAUUGAUUUAUGUAUAUCAGAAAGAUCAUGUAAAGAUAGUGUAGGAAUAGAAAUGUAUAAAUAACAGUCUUCAGCAGAAAUAGUCAAUUGUUCAUUUUUUCGUAGCCUUGUUAUUUGGCUAUAACUUACCAUGUAAACCGUGGUAGGUCUAAUUCUUUUGGGGUUGUAUA